AUGACGACCCCUCUCGGCCACGAGGAGAAAGCCCGUGGCUCCGUCUACCUAACACAAAAACCGCUUUUAAAUACCCAGUCUCCAGACUCUGCCGACAAGGAAACCCUGCCAUCAAUUCUCAUCCGGGCCUCAGACGGCAACACAAACGCCCCCAGCCCAAAAACACAUUCCAAUAAUAAGGACAAGAAGGCGAAGGAUACAAAGGUCAAAAUCUCGACGAUUGUGCGGCCAGGUGAACUUGAAGCUUUCUAUGCGAGGUAUGCGGAAGUCUGUAAGGCUGGGAUGACGGGGUUGAAGAAGCGGGACCGCAAGCUGAAGAAAGCGAAGGCUAAGGGAAGUGCGGGGAAGGUUGUUAAGGCUUAA